CGUGCGGCAGACUCAGGCCGCUCCAAGAUGGCGACUCCCAUGCAUCGGCUCAUAGCUCGGAGGCAAGCUGAAGCCAAUAAGCAACAUGUAAGAUGUCAGAAAUGCUUGGAAUUUGGACACUGGACAUACGAAUGCAAAGGGAAAAGAAAGUACCUACACAGGCCUUCGAGAACAGCAGAGCUAAAGAAAGCUUUAAAAGAAAAAGAAAAUAGAUUGUUGCAGCAAAGCAUGGGAGAGACCAACAUAGAGAAAAAGAUCAAGAAGAAGAAGAGGUCUAAGAGUGUCACGAGUUCCAGUACCUCUAGCAGUGACAGUUCGGCCAGUGAAUCUUCAUCAGAGAGCGAGACUUCUGCCUCAUCCUCUUCAGAGGACAGUGACUCAGAUGCAAGCCUCUCCAGCUCCUCCUCCUCAUCCUCCUCAUCCUCAUCCUCGGACUCAGACUCGGACUCCAGCUCUUCCUCCAGCAGCAGCAGCAGCAGCAGCAGUACUGAGAGCAGCUCUGAUGAUGAGCCACUGAAGAAAAGGAAGAAGAAAUAGAACUCUGUACCCCAGAGCAAUGGAUCCAAAGCGUCUGUGACUCCCAGGGGAACUGAAAACUUGCUCAAGCGAGCAAGUUAGCUGGUCAGACCUGUUAAAAUCCAGAACUCUCUGAGUAGUGACCAUUGUAUAGGAUAUUUAAAAAAAAUGUUAUAUAUAUGUAUAUAUAUAUACAUAUAUAUAUAUAUAUACACACACACACACACAUAUAUAUAUGUGAUGUUUAUUUUAGGAAUGAUUAUGGGUUUUUGCUGUUGCUUUUCUAUUUUGUAAAGACUGGGUCUCGUUUUGUAGGUCUGACUGGCCUUGAACUUGAUAUGUAGAACAGCCUGGCCUUGGUUUCAGAGAGAUCUACCUGUCUCUGCUCCUAAUGUUGGGACUAAAGAUAUGUGCCAUCAUGCUCACCUUUUGUUGUUAACUUUUUUUUUUUUUAAUAUUUGAAGUCUAUGUGUAGUACAUAAUCAAAGCUGAAAACCAGGAAAUCUAUUUCAGUGACAGACAAAAGUCAUUUUUUUCUGCCUAUGAAAUGAAUGCUUUAUGUGGGUAUGUCAAGGUGUGUAUGGGACAGUCUUUGACUCUAUUGCAUCAGAAUACCAAGAAGUUUCUUCUUCUCUUCUGGCUGUGUUUAUUAUGUGAAAUGUAAUGCAUUGUUAUUGUAAGUAGUUUUCCUACUGUUAAUAAAUGUGCUCUAUUUUUAUGUUUGUAUCAGAAAACUAUUCUGAUUUUUCUAUUCUGAAUAUAUAAAUUCAAAGAACCCAAUACAGUACAUUGGAAUGA